GGCGCCAGGGGGCGGAGUCACGGCCGGCUCUCGUGGGGCGCGGGGUUCUCUUCCCCCCGCUGCCGGUCGUGUCCCGGUACCGGUGGGGCUUGGCGGAAGCUUCCGGGUGGCGCGGGGUCGUUCCCUUCCCCGCCUGCGGGGCUCAGCUUCGCCUGGCUCGUGCUGGCCUAGGAGGGUCAGGUGCUGGGUAUUUCCUUGUGGAGUGCUGUAAACCUGAUGUGCCCUGGGGUUGUGACAGAUCGGUGGCCCUCUUUCCGGCAAUCCCUUAUGGUGGCCUGGAGGUGCUGGGGACUCUAAAGAGGGAAUGUGUCUUUCCUCCACUUGGGCUGCAGGCCUGCAGCAGGACGGCCCUCCGCGGGGUCUCUGCUCCUCAUCUGAAGAAUGAGUACCUCCUGGGAAGGCUUUGCUCUGUGCUGGGAGACGAAUGUGCCUACAGGGGACAGUUGGGAUAUGCGGGGUGGUGGGGUUGGACCAGGCGCAGGUCCCUAUCUAAGUAUAUGAGGUCCGAGAAGCAGGCGGUCUGAUCUUGGCUGCAGCAGCUAGAGAAGGCACUGGUCUUGAAAGGUGGCAGCAAUUAUCAGGAUCCCGCCGCAGGAACUGCAGAGGCAGAAGGUCCUGAGGUGCAUGGGUGUCUCAAGGGUCCUGGGAUGGCUCAGUUUGGCUCGUCGGUCUUUUCUGCAGCCUGACUGGGUCUCAUCGUUCUUUGCCUCACUUUCCACCGGAUCUUUUCAACCAGUAAUCCUGCCUCACGCACACCACUUUCUACUUGCUAAAAACCUUUCAGGCUCAGUUUGGAUGCUGCAGCUUUCCUGAAUCCUUGUGUAACAUUUCCAUCUGGAGUUAUUUCCUGAGUCGGCUAUGGGGCCUGGAGUGCUGGACCUGCCAACACCCAGGGUGCAUAUGGAGCUGGUGUGGCUAGCUGGCAAGGUUAUGAAAACUACAAUUAUUAUGGUGCCCAGAAUACCAGCGUCACCACAGGAGCAACCUACAGCUAUGGCCCAGCCUCGUGGGAGACCACCAAGGCUAGCGAUGGCCUGGCAGCUGGGGGCCCUGCUGUGCACAUGGCUUCUUAUGGCCCAGAGCCAUGCACCGACAAUUCCGACUCGCUCAUUGCCAAGAUCAACCAGCGUUUGGACAUGAUGUCCAAGGAAGGAGGCAGGGGCGGGAGCAGCGGCGGUGGGGAGGGCAUACAGGACCGGGAGAGCUCCUUCCGUUUCCAUUCGUUUGAUUCUUACGACUCCAGGCCUUGCCUGCCUGAGCACAAUCCCUACCGCCCCAGCUACAGCUACGACUACGACUUUGACCUGGGGCCCGAGCGCAAUGGGGGCUUCAGCAGUCAGUACAGCGACUGCCGGGACCCCGCCCGCGAGCGGAGCUCCCUUGAUAGCUUCAUGCGGGGCCGGGGCCAGAGCCGCUUCCAGGACCGGAGCAACCCCAACACUUUCAUGCGAAGUGACCCCUUCUUGCCCCCGGCAGCCUCCUCCGAGCCUUUGUCUGCUCCCUGGAAUGAGAUGAACUACACUGGUGGACGGGGCCUGGGAGGCCCCUCCCCAAGCAGGCCUCUGCCGUCCCUCUUCUCCCAGUCGAUGGCUCCCAACUAUGGCGUGAUGGGCAUGCAGGGGGCGGCGGGCAGUUACGAGCACUCUGUGCCCUAUGGAUGUGGCCAGUCACAGACCUGGAUGAGGGAUCGGCCCCGGCGGAGAGGGUUUGACCGCUGCGGCCCGGACGGCAUGGGCAGGAAACGGAAGCAGUUGCAAAUCUACGAGGAGCCAGAUCCCAAACAGGCUCGGGCUGACAGCGAAGGAGAUUUUUCUGAAAACGAUGAUGGAGCUGGUGACUUCCGGUCGGGAGAUGAAGAAUUCAGGGGUGAGGACGAAUUCUUCGACUCUGGGAGGCAGAGAGGAGAGAAGGAUGAUGAGGAUGACGAAGUGAAGAAGAGAAGGGAAAAGCAGAGGAGGAGAGACAGGAUGCGAGACCGAGCAGCUGACAGGAUUCAGUUCGCCUGUUCCGUGUGCAAGUUUCGUAGCUUUGAAGAUGAAGAAAUCCAGAAGCAUCUGCAAAGCAAAUUUCACAAAGAGACAUUGCGGUUUAUAAGUACCAAACUCCCUGACAAGACGGUGGAGUUCCUCCAGGAAUACAUUAUAAACAGGAAUAAGAAGAUUGAGAAGCGGCGCCAGGAACUUCUGGAGAAGGAAAGCACAAAACCAAAACCAGAUCCUUUCAAAGGGAUUGGCCACGAGCACUUCUUCAAGAAGAUCGAGGCUGCUCACUGCCUGGCUUGUGACAUGCUGAUCCCCGCGCAGCACCAGCUCCUGCAGCGGCACCUGCACUCUGUGGACCACAAUCACAACCGCCGGUUGGCUGCUGAACAGUUUAAGAAGACAAGUCUCCAUGUGGCUAAGAGUGUUUUGAACAACAGACAUAUAGUGAAGAUGCUGGAAAAAUACCUCAAGGGUGAAGACCCUUUCACCAAUGAAGCUGUUGAUCCAGAAAUCGAGGGAGAUGACAAUUUAGGAGGUGAGGAUAAAGAAGAGACACCUGAGGAGGUGGCUGCAGAAGUCUUAGCUGAGGUGAUUACAGCAACAGUGAGGGCAGUAGAGGGGGAAGUGCCGGCUCCAGAAAGUAGUGAAAUGCUGGCCGAAGGAAAAGGCCCUGUAGACAUGGCAGAGGCCACUAGUGGUCCACAUCCUGAACAGCUGCUGGAAGCAGAGACACCCUGUGGAAUGGCAUCUGAGAAGGGGAAUGCUGAAGCAGAGACUGGAGGUGAGGCUGCCCAGGCUGGAGGCAAAGCUGCUGAGGCUGGAAGUGAGGCUGCCCACACUGGAGGUGAAGCUGCCCAGGCUGGAGGCGAAGCUGCCCAGGCUGGAGGCGAAGCUGCCCAGGCUGGAGGCGCAACAGAGGCAGAAAGCACCAUAACAGUCACUGCUCCUACCCCAGCUGCCACGGAAGCCGAAGUGAAACAAAAUGAAGCAGAAUCCAAAGAUGUUAUUCCCACAGAAUGAUAUUCUCCUUGUUUCAGGGGAUGUGUUAUAUGAAGCAAUGGUCUUUUUCCUUUGGUUUGCAAACAGUACUAGGGCGUGUGUUAACUGGAAUAUACUGAAAACUGGUUUUGGUGAAGAGGCUCAGCCAUUUCCUUCAGAAAAGUGUACCUCACAGGCUUGUCUUACAGAGUUGUGUGGCUUUCUGCCUCGGUUUGAAGGCUGCAGAAGUUGUACAUUCCCCCAAGCAGCUGAGACCUCUCUAUACUGCAGUUGGAAUAAUAAACGUUGGGUAAUUAGA